AUUCAUUUAGGAUUACCCUGGUUUUAACGAAGGAUAAACGAAGCUGAGCAGUUACAGCGGUUUUUAAAAGGAUGCACGAGAUCUCUCUCACACGCUCCAGGGAUAGCCUCUCCCUACACAGCUUCGCAUAUCGGAUUUACCCUUAUCUGCACGCGACCCUCAGAGUAGAGCCCUGCGUCUGCGUGUAUGUACCAGUGCGUCAUGGUUGCUCAUCGUCGACUGGAUAUGCGUAUCACUAAUAUAAAUAUAAAGGAUGUUACGAAGUAUCUGUUGCGGAAAACCCAAGUGAACACACGAGCCGGUUCAGUCUAGGAUGAGCUGUCUCUCAAGCUCGGCUGUUGUGUGGCACGCCGCGUCCUGAUGGAAAUUUCGUGCCACCGGGGACAGCGACAGAGAAGCUGACAGACUGCUGCCCGAAGAACCCCAUGCGGACAGAAUGACGCCCCGCGAUUGGUUGUUUUUCCUUGCGACUACGACUGUGGCCUUGGCCACGAAGCAUGGAGACUGUUUUGCCAACACGAUCCUCGACGGGCGGACGAGUCCCGAGUACGAGCUGUCCGGCCGAGACUCCGCCGAGUUCCUUCUCCAAAACGUGCACGGUGCCCAAGGCACCUCGAGGAUUUACCAGGGCAGCGCGUGCGUUUUGCAUGUGCUCCACAAUGGCAAGGAGCCCUGGGACAAGGGCUGCAGACACUAUUCGACAAGUGAAGAGACUGUGACCCUUACAAUAGAACUAAGCGCAGGAGAUCUCGUCAUUCGGACCAAAACCAAUGAACAGUUCUCCAGAAGAAGGGAACCUGGCAGCGCCGGCUUCACCGUCCAACCCUUCGGACUCAACGUCAACACCGUGUACAACUGCCAGGAGGGGUGCUGGCAAGUUCAGGGUUCCCUUAUCCCUCUUCAUCUCCAGAUAGGCGUGAACCUCACCCUCUUCCUGAAACCCGUGAGCCAACAAGAAAGGAUAAUCUUUGAAAUAAGAAAACAGGAACUUGAGUGGAAUACUCUUGUUUUCGAACUCGCGAAAAGUGAAGACUACGAGGCAACGAAUGCCAAAGACUGGCUCUCCAUUAACAUCUCAGUCGUGUCGCCGCAUGGUUCAAUGGAAUUCGUCGCGGCUCCCCUGUGGGAUGCAGGCGGGAUUAAAACCUCCAGUGUUUCUAGUCCAGACACCGUUGCAGAUUUUCGUCUGUCUCGGAACAUCAUAUGGGGUAUCGGCUGUGUCCCUGAUCUCGGCAACGGGAGCACUUCGGCAGCUGUGGGCAGGUCGUAUGUUCCCCUCCUGCUUGCCCUCGCCGCACUCGCUGUCCUCGUUAUCGGCAUCGCUGUCUUCUUGUAUCGUCGCUGCAAAGCUAUGAAGGAAGGUCACACACAACCAGCAUUACCUGACAGGCCUCAAGAGACCGCAGCACGCAGCAUACAACGACGUGGGACCCUAGACGACCACACUUACGAAUCCGUCGACGACCUUCUCGCCCGGGAGGCGCUUCAGAGACAGGACUUCGGAAAGCAUGCAUCGCCGUCCCUCCCUUCCCACCCCCCUCCCGUGGCGGAAGCACGAAAGGAGCUACGAGCCGUCGAAAACCCUCUGAUGCCUUUGGUACAAAGGCCGCCUGGCAUCAAGGUCGAUACCGUGAAUGAAUUUUACGUGAGUAGCGACAUCAGGGUCCGGCGAUAUGGAGACAGAAGCCAGGAGAUUAAUGGGAAAAAGUUUGACAACGCCGAUGGAAAUCGAAACCAGAGAAAUUAAAUGUUAUUGAUAAUGAGAUCAAAUGCAUUUUGUAUUUUUCUUCGUUUUUUUUUUUUUUUUUUGUAUUAUCUUUCUUUUUUUCAUUAUCUUUUUUUACGCAUUACUGAAAGCCUAAGUUGAAAAGUAUUCAUAUGCGUUUGACGUACUGUACAUACGUACACUACAUAUCUCACACACACACACACAGACACA